CGAAAAUAAACAUUGGCUAAUUUCGUGGGUUCUACCUUCUACUUCGAAUAGUUUUUUGUGGAGAAACGCUUUUUAAAUGAUUGAGAAGUUGUUUGAGACGAUCGGGCUGUCCGGCUUGUUUUAUUUCGUGGCCGGUUUGUUGUUGGGGUAUGUUUUUUUCUAUAGAUCCACACCGAACAAGCAGCAGGAUAAUGAUGAUAGAUCUCAUUCAAAGCAUAGUUCAAAUAAAAAUAAGAAAUCUCAAUGUAACAGGUUCAAAAUAUUGAAGAUUUAUUUUGCUACACAAAGUGGAAAGUCAGAAAAAUUAGCCAAAAAAUUAUCUGAUGCAGCCAAGGAAAGAGGCUUGGAUGUCAGGCUGAUCAGCCUAAGUAAUUAUGAUCCAGAUGGUAAAAUACAGAAAAAUCUAUCCAAGGACACACUCUGCAUAUUCAUAGCACCCACACAUACCUGGGGACAGCCACCAGAAGAUUCUAGAUGGUUUUUUCAAUAUGUACACGAUGCUUCUGGUGAUUUCAGAGUUUCUAAAAAGCUUCUUUCAAAUAUGUCCUAUGCUGUCGUCAGUCUUGGCAAUUCAGAAUACGCCGAGCAUUUUUGUACUGUUGGAAAGGAGUUGGACAAGGAUUUGUUGCACCUAGGUGCUCGCCGGGUUCUUAAGAACUUCAUCAUUGAUGAUCAUCUCCACAACGGCGACAAACGAUUUGACAUCUGGAUGAAUUCAUUAUGGUCAUUGAUUGCUAUCAAUGCUGCCUCAAAGAAUCUACAUCAUGGUGACAAUAAAGUCAUGUAUGGUGAUUGUGGUGUCGUCAAUAAUAAUGGUGAUGGCAAUGAUGUCAUUAGUAAUAAUAAUCAUGUAUGUUGUAAUUCGUCUGCUGGUGACCAUGCUUGUUAUAGGAAAAUUAGAUCUGAGAUUAAGGAUGAAGAAAAAUAUAAUGAGAAGGGCCAUGGUGAUAAUAGUGGUGAAAUAAGGAACAAUCAUAAUGGUGUCAUUGACAAUCAUAACGUCGAUGAUGAUAAAGAUUACAAUAUUAUUGACGGUGAUGAAGAUUAUUAUGAUGAAGAUGAUGAUGACGAAGACGAACAAGCUGAUGAUGGUGACGAUAACGUUUUGGAUGUUGAGGAUCUAGCUGGUGUGAUAGAUGCCGCUGCUACUGGCAAAGCAAAAAGGUCAGUUGGACCAAUAGACAUGAUCACACCGGUCAUUCGACACUCUCUCGAGAAACAGGGCUACAAGUUGAUUGGAGGUCAUUCAGGGGUCAAGUUAUGCAGGUGGACCAAGUCAAUGCUGAGAGGACGAGGAGGAUGUUACAAGCACACAUUUUACGGCAUCGAGAGUCACAGGUGUAUGGAGACCACACCGAGUCUUGCCUGUGCCAACAAAUGCGUUUUCUGCUGGCGACACCACACAAAUCCAGUCGGCACAGAAUGGAGAUGGAAAGUUGACGAUCCUCAGAUGAUCCUCGAUGGUGCCAUUGAGAACCACUGCAACCUCAUUAAACAGUUCAAAGGCGUUCCAGGUGUUGAGGUGGAUCGUCUGCUGGAGGGAAUGACGCCAGUGCACUGCGCUUUGAGUUUGGUGGGAGAGCCCAUCAUGUACCCCCACAUCAACCAGUUUGUUCAUCUACUGCACCAAAGGAAGAUCUCAUCAUUUCUUGUUACUAACGCACAGUUUCCUGAAGCUAUCAAAAACCUCAUCCCAGUGACUCAGUUGUAUGUGAGCAUCGAUGCCGGCACGAAGGAGCAACUGAAGAAAAUUGAUCGACCACUCUUCAAAGAUUAUUGGGAGAGGUACAUCUCCUGUCUGAGCGAGUUGAAGAACAAGAAACAAAGAACAGUAUACAGGUUAACUCUAGUGAAGGGUUACAACACAUCAGACAUUGAAGAGUAUGCCAGAUUGGUCCAAUAUGGCUGUCCUGAAUUCAUUGAAGUCAAGGGUGUGACCUACUGUGGCGAUUCAAAGUCCAGCCAUGGUAUGACCAUGAAGAAUGUUCCAUGGUUGGAGGAGGUGGUCGACUUUGUACAGAAGCUGGUCUCUCUGCUUCCUGAUUACGAGAUUGCAUCUGAACAUGCUCAUUCUCUAUGUCUUCUUGUUGGUCAUAAGAAGUUCAAGAGAGACGACCGAUGGCACACCUGGAUCGAUUAUGAAAAGUUUCACGAAUUGAACGCAUCUUUCCAACAGGACGCCAGCAAGACGUUCACAUCUAUGGAUUACAUGGCCCCAACUCCGACGUGGGCCUGCUAUGGAGCACCUGAACGAGGGUUUGAUCCCGCCCAUGUCAGGUUCAGGAGGAAGAAUAAGGAUGCAGUUUGAUGAGGGAUGGUGGAUGUGUGAGGAGUGCCCGUUUGUGUCUGUACUCGUUUGCAUGCAUAGAUCUAGUUUAUUUUAAUUAUUAUUUAUUUUAAUUAUUAUUAAUUUAUUUAAAUAUGAAAUUACGAAUAUUUCGUCAACUACUCUUAACACGUGUAUGGAUUGAUAGGUGGCUAUUUUAAAUGAUUGGAUGGAUGCGACGGUUUAAAUGGUUGAGAAUGUUCAAUCAUGUGAACUGAACGCGUGUCUAUCUGAACAUUUUUCUAUCCUAUUCAACAUUAAGAUAAUCUCAAAACGCGCUGUAUUUAUAAUUUCAAAAUAAAACAGUACAAUAAUGUCAAGUUAUUUAAAUUGAAAUAAUUUUCAGUACUCCGAGUUUAUAUAUGACAUAAUAAACCUCACUGAAUGUUUUAGUAAAGGUUUUUUUAAAAAUGUUUAUAAAUAAGAUAUGUAAAAACUAUAAAAUAAAAAAAAACAUUGACAGCAUAAAUUAUUAUUACAGAAAAAAUAGAAUUUUCUGGGAACUAGAAUUCAAUGUAUUUUCUAUGAUAACAGCCAUUGAAAAUCGAAGCAGUAAAUCGUUCAUUAGCCUUUGAAACCAGAUUCUUCUUUCAACAAAAUAAAAAUCUUUUAGAAGAAUUACAAUAAAAAUUUUGCCGUUUUUAAAUACAAAUAGUCUCAGAUUUGACACGUCGGUUUGUUAAUUUAACAUAUAAGUUGAUCGCGAUGAUCGCUUGACGAAUCAUCAAAAUCUGAUAACACAUUCAUCUUGGUGGUUGCACAGUCAUGUGAUCAAAAACAAGUCUUCAAUGAAAAGUACCUAGCUAUUAAAAAUGAAUUUGAGUUGUUGAGAAAAAUAAAUACAAUACAAAAGUCAAUCUUAUAAAUGUGAACUCAGUACACAAUGUGUACUUGCUUGUACAUUUACAAUGGAAUUUCGCUUGCAUUGUGUGCGCCUAGACAUUCUCACGGAAAUAAUAAAAAUGAACAGCAUUUAGCGUGUACGCUGCGGUUCAACCAAUUGGCAUAACAAAUUUCUUCUACAUAUAAUACAUUGUUUCAAAGACACCGUAAGACAAAUAAAGAUUAAAAAAUUUUAAUGAAUAUUUUCCAAGAGUAAACAGAAUUUCAUUAAAAAGAGAUUUGGGUGAUUAAAUUUGUUCGGAAAGGUACUGUAUAGCAGUUGUCAUCAUGCCAUUUUAUGAAGCUACAAAGUUCUGCAAUGUUUUCUCCCGAUUGGUUUGAUAUUAGAAUAAAAUUGAAACGAUCAGAUAUUGCACGGUUUGUUAGUCAUCUCAAUACAUAUAUAAUAUAACUACAUGUAUAAAUAUAUAUACACAGAAUAAAAAAUAGUCGCUGUAAACUAAAUAUUUUUUGGUGAUUAAUUUUUUAACACUAUUUUAUUUUACAAAAUAUCAAGAUCAUGUGAAGAGAGAGAGAAAGAGAGGAGAGAAAAAGAAUUAAGAUGGUUACUAUGAAUUGAUGCAGGCUUAUGUUUUAGGAAAAUCUAUUGAAACGUUCACUGUUCUAUCUGAUUUUUCCUCUUCAUCAGAAGAUUCAAAAGUUCGGACGGUUGCUCAAUGCGGCCAUUGUUGUAACUGUUGCUGCCGAUGUCGUUGCUGUUAAAGAGAGAUGGAGGAGGGGGAAGAGGAGGAAAAGUGAAGUCGUUGCUGGUCGCAAAUUCUGUGGGAGGUGGAGGCAACGGUGGGGAUAUCGGGCCUAGAGUUUUGUUCCUGACGGUGCUCAUGUUGUUGUUUGUAUUGUUUGAGUUGUUGAGUGUCGUGGUGUUUUUUGUGUUCCACGCUGGCUUUGGAAUGUUUUGUGGCUCCAAGUUUCUUGCUGCUGGGAGAUUGCUGAUUUGUGUGGUGUUGUAAUUUAUGCUUUGAGUGUUGAGGUCUUUUACGGGGUUCUGUGGGCUGAUUUUUGAAGGAGUGGGGAAAUUUAUAUCGUUCUUGAUGCCGACACUGUUUGUAGGAGACGCCAGAGUUUUGAAAUUUGAUGGAAAUGUUGGUGGUGGUGGAAUGAAAGCGAAUGCCGGAGCUUUAGGAGAUAG